CUGUGUGUGCUCGCAGACGUGGGAAAAGGUUGAUUUAUAGAAAUAACACAUGUUCAAAUUAGCUCGCUUUUUCUGAACGCACGCGCGUUGGAUGCUUUACUAUAUGGAAACGAUGAGAAAGAAAAUAGUAACGUGGCUAUAAUAAAUUAAUAACCUGCUCGUUUUAGUGGGGGUGAUUUUAAGCAAGCAAAACAAGAGACCUGCCUAGUAAUGGAGAACGAGGCUGCGGAGCUGCUACAGCAGCAGCAGAGCUACGAGGACGUUCGGAAAAGCGGGUAUCUCCGCAAGCAGAAAUCUAUGCACCGGCGAUUCUUCGUUUUGAGAGAAGCCACGGAACAGGGCCCUGCCCGUCUAGAAUAUUAUGAGAAUGAGAAGAAAUUCCAAAGCAAGUCACCUGUCCCGAAAAAAGCGCUGGAUCUGGAGACUUGCUUCAACAUCAACAAGCGGGCGGAUUCCAAGAACAAGCACAUGAUAGUGAUGUAUACCCGCGGGGAGAGCUUUGCCAUUGCAGCAGACAGUGAGGAGGUCCAGAAUGAAUGGUACCAGGCCAUGCUGGACCUUCAGUGGAAAUGUAAAAGCCCAGAGAAUUGUGGCAGUGGUGGGGAGUGUGGACUCCCCUCUCCUCCAGGCCCAGCUUUUAAGGAGGUGUGGCAGGUCAAGGUGUGGCCUAAAGGGCUUGGCCAGGCCAGAAACCUAGUGGGCAUCUACCGGCUGUGCCUGACCGACAAGACGGUCAACUUCGUCAAGCUCAACUCUGACAUGGCCACCGUGGUCCUACAGCUGAUGAAUGUGCGUCGCUGCGGCCACUCUGAGAACUUCUUCUUCAUCGAAGUGGGCCGCUCGGCCAUGACGGGGCCUGGGGAGUUCUGGAUGCAGGUGGAGGACUCGGUGGUGGCCCAGAACAUGCAUGAGACCCUGCUGGAGGCCAUGAAGGCUCUGAGCGAGGAGUUCCGCCAGCGCAGUAAAUCCCAGUCUGUGGGAGCUACAGCUGGAGGUGGCACCACCUCCAACCCCAUCAGUGUCCCCACCCGCCGCCACCACCCCAACCUACCCCCCAGCCAGGUGGGCUUCGGCAGACGAUCCCGGACCGAGACCCCUGGAGCAGGUGGGGCCAGCUGCACCAGCACUUCACCCACACCACGUAACGGAUUCCCCAGGGCGCGUACAGCCAGUAUCGGGGGAAGGAUGGAGGAGGGUGGAGGUGGACCCAGGGGGGCAUGGGCAAGUUCCAGUCCCAGCCUGAAUGGAUCCUGUUCCACUACACCCACCCUGAGACCUAAGCCCACCAGAGCUCCAACCCCAGCUAAGAUCACUCUCAGCCUGGCCCGCUACACCCCCAACCCAGCCCCCUCCCCAGCCCCAAGCCUCUCCUCCAGCUCUGGUCAUGGCUCAGAGUGUGGACUAGUUGGAGGGGCAAUGGGAAAUGUAGCCAUUUGCUCUUACACCCGUGUCCCUCAAAGAGUCUCUGUGUCGGGCUCCCCUAGUGACUAUGGCUCCUCAGACGAGUAUGGCUCCAGCCCUGGAGAGCACUCCCUGCUUGUCCCCAGUCUGCCAGGAGGGUCCCAUGGGGUGAUGGGACACCAUGCUCAUGGAGAGAGCUCUUCCAGCUACAUAGUGAUGGGCCAGAGAGAGAGCCUCCCUGGGUCCCAUCAGCGUCCUCAGGGCCGCAGGAUGCUGCGGCGCUCCUCCAGCAGGGAGUGUGAGGCAGAGCGCAGACUCCUUAGCAAGAGGGCCUCCCUGCCCCUGGCUGCCCACGAACGCCUGGCCCCUCGUAGGAAGGAGGAGGAGGAUGAGGACGAAGAGUACACUGUCAUGUCGCAGAGUAUUAGCAGGGAUGCCUUUGUGUCACAACGUGGAUCAGGGGGCUCGGCAGCAGGGGGCUCGGCAGUGGCAGUCGUGGUUGGGGAGACCCGGGCGAGGGCUGAUGGGGUCCGAGGAGAGGUGGGAGGAGGAGGAGGGGCACCAGUGGACAGUGGCUACAUGGCCAUGUUACCCGGAGUGACAGCUUCUCCUGUUUCCCUCUCUCUAUCUGUGGCCAUGUCUGACGUCGGUGCCAAACCUGGGGCUGAUGAUGAGUACAUGGCCAUGACUCCCAACAAUAGUGUGUCUCCCCCCCAGCACAUCUGCCUGCCUGUCUCAGAGGGCUACAUGGUCAUGUCCCCCAAUAGCAGCUGCUCCCCAGACUUGCAUGGAAUGGCCAUGUGGGGGAGCAGGGGCAGCAUGGAGAGCCGAGCUGGCAGUGACUACAUGAACAUGUCUCCUAUCAGCAUCCGCUCAGCUUGCAGCACACCCCCCUCCCAACCUGAACAGAACCAGUUACAACCCAAGAUGGUCUAUUCCUACUUCUCUCUGCCACGAUCCUACAAACACACACUCUCUACACGCUUCGAAGAUGACUUAGAUCAAGGGAAAAGAAAGGAGGGGGGUCAUCACGACCAUGACGGUCCUGGAAAUCGGGGUGGACAAGUGGGCUACAGCAAGAGGGACACAGCCACAGUUGGCCCUGCAGGAGGCUGUCAACUCUCCCUCUCCUCUUCCUCCUUCUCUUCCAGCUCAGCUAGCAGUGAGAGCCUGGAUGAUAGGCCCAAAUCAGUGGCAACAGGGGGAGGGCUACGACUAACAAGAACAGGGACAGGGUUCAGGAACGGCGGGUUCAGGAAUGGGGGAGCACGCUUAAAGGACGGAUCCUACCAGCAAAAAUGUGCAUCGCAUGGCCCAGGGGGACAGCAGAUGAAGCCUCGUCCCCUCAGUGUGUCGGUGGACAUGUCUAAAGCUAACACUUUGCCAAGGGUUAAGGAGAAUCUCCUUCCCACAGUGCCUCAGAGCCCUGGGGAUUAUGUCAGCAUAGUGUUCAGGGGUGGUGACAUGGGGUGCAGGAGAAGAGACCAGUGGGGGCCAGAGCAUGCACUGUCAGUGACCCAUGGAACCCAGAGGCCCCUGGACCGUCCAGCCCUCUGCCACAGUGGCUCCACCAACCUCCCCCGCAGCUUCUCUGUACCUCUGGCCACCUCCGCUGCCUCUGCUGAGUACGUCAACAUGGACUUGGGGAUGGGGAACUCCCCUUGCCCAUCCCCCCGGAGCCCUGUUAAAUCACCUUUCAGCCUGCCCCCAGCCAUCGCCCCGAAGCCCCGAGUUUUGGCCCGUAGUAGGCCCUCUCCUAGGGCAGCAGAGGGCAAUGUAGGUGGGCAUAGGGCGGCAGUGCCAACAGACUUACCCACAUCAUAUACAGACUACACAGAGAUGGCCUUCAGCAUGGGUUCAGGGCCUAACCCUGCAGCGCCUGCCAUGCACGCUGCCCAAAGAUCAUCAAUGGAGCAGGAAACAGGCUUGGUCUUUCCCUCAGAAAAAUCCUAUUCAUCUCCUGCCCAGAAGCAAAGUAGCAGGCUGGCCAGAGACAGGGUUGACAGGGGUGACCAACUGGGACGGAGACGCCACCGCUCUGAGACCUUCAUCAUGACUCCUCCCUCUCUCCCCUUCCACCUAUCCUCCUCAGGCUCCUUGUUCUUGGAGAUUGCCCAGGCAGCAUCGCCUCAUUGGCACGGAGGGCUGGAGGGGGGUUCACCGUGGGAGAAUGCACAGGCAGCUAUGUCUCAAUGUGCCAUUCCUGCUGCACCCGCAGCCCAGGCUUCAUCCUCUGGGUCUGCUGAACAAGGCCUUAACUAUAUUGAUCUGGACCUGGCCAUUAAGGACAGCUCUCAGACUGGACUGGAGGGGGGAGCCACCGUCCCCCACAACAUCUUCACAUCCGUCCACAGUGGGGUAGUUGGGGGAGGCAUGACUGGUUUGGGGAACAACCCUGGCUAUGCCAGUAUUGAUUUCUGCAAAUCAGAGGAGUUGAGAGCACAUCAUCAGAGCAGCAGGAAAGAUGUAAAAGAAUGUUAAUGAUACAUCUUCAUGUGGACAUUACUCCUGGGAUUGAGCAGUACUGUCCAACACUCCUCCUUCUAACCAUGGUGGGGUUGGUGGCCAACAGGAUGUUUCUCACUGGAAAAGAAGUAACAGAGGUGAAGAUAUACCCAUCAAAUCAUCAUUAACUAUUUGUCAUCCUAUCCAGUUGUUGCUAUCCAAUACUAAUGUGUGCGAAAAAAAACUGCUGGUUAUAACCAACACGACAUGGUUAUUUGAGGUAGAAAAAUCGAGCCAAUCAAGAGUGAUUACAGCAACUCCAACCAACAACAAGGAUCUAAUGAUAUUUUGUUUAUUUUUCCUAAACAUAAACUUCAUGGAAAUUGUUAUAAAAAUGUGAAAUAGUAUAAAGGUGCAUACAGAAAACAAUAUAGUAUACAUAUGUUGAUGAAAGCUACAAAAAUAUAGAAAUAUAUAUAUUAUACUUUUUAAAAAGUGCCUAAUUUUUUGAGUGUAGCCAUUUUUACACAGGGAAUGUUGAACAAGUCUGUUAGAAGGGCAAAUAUGUUGGUCUUGAAUAUAAUUUUGUUAAGAAUAUUGUGAAUACUGUAUGUUGAAAAUAGUAAGAAUAAUCAAACUGCCUUACUGUGUUUGUGAAAGUACUUAAAGAAUAGCCUAUUUUUACUUUAUGCUAUGCCUCAUGCUUCAGUCACAAUGAAGGCUCUCGUUCCCUCACUUUCCUGCCUGAACCCUACCAGCUGGAUCUCAGCCAACAACCAAUGCUGCAUAAAGAUACACACACACACACACACACACACACACACACACACACACACACACACACACACACACACACACACACACACACACACACACACACACACACACACACACACACACACACACACACACACACACACACACACACACACACACACACACACACACACACACACACACACUUUAAUAGUCCUACAUGUGGUCCAGCUGAGUAGAUGAGGUUGAUAGUAGUCACAUUUACUGCUGAGAUACUUGUGUUUGCCAGAACAUUAUUACACAAACAGGCUGAGAAGGGGAUUGGAUGUCUUAUCAAUGUGAUUAAAGAUUCCUGUAUGGCAUGUGUGUGUGCAAGAGCAUGAUUAGAGUGGAGAUGGAUAUCAAUUAAUUAUGAUAUUUCCAGACCACAUGAUGGCUUCCCACAGCCUGUCAAUUACCAACAGGGUAACUUUAAUUUAUUUCAUAAUAAUAUUCAUCCCUUAAUCACUUGCUUGUUAAAGGGGCAAUCUGCUGUUGCUACAUCCAUUUUUGGACUUAUAAAUUGAGGAUAUGUGCCCGCUGAUUCUUAAAGAAUUUAACUUAGAAUUGCCUCAUGAGCUUCGUUCCUCUGUUGUAUCUCAUCAGAACCCCAAAUAUAAGCUUGAUUUACUCCAACAUUUGUAAGCAAAAUAAAUGUAAGUAAACCAAACAUGGUUAAUACAAUCAUUUUGUUAUCAUGUAUUAGUCCUUGCAUCCAUAGCUCUGUCUGAAUUUGAGAGUGGUCAUCUUUCUCCAGCCCCAUCCCUCAGCUUUUUUUUUUUUACUGAAACAGGGAAACCUAUUUGUAGCACCUGCUAAAUGCUGCUUUAAGUUUCCCCCUCUAUAUAACCACAGACAAUUACAAUCAUAUCACACACACGACCCAUGUAACCUGUUCCCAGAUCUGUUUGUGCUUUCAUUCCAACUCCAAAUGACCAUAGGAGCUGGCACGAUAGUACCAACAGACCAGGCACCAGGGUACAUUGUCUGUGUAUCCCAAAAGACACUCAAGUGCCUGGCUGCUUGUGUUUUUUGGUGUCCUCACAUUCUACCGGUUACCCUCACUCAUUCUCACUAGGUUCCCAUUCCCUUAUAUUUCCCUACCCCUCCUGUACCAGUCAGAUUCUCUUGCAGAAAAACUAUUGGUAUUUUUGAUGUGGUGGCACAGUUUUAUGAAAUCACUUUAGUGAUUUGAACAUAGCCCACCCAUUACUGCCAGAGUCUUGCGCUUUAAUGCAGAGAAAUUUUGUGCCAAAAUCCUGUGUUACAUAGACCAAUGGAUUACUCAUACUUCACUAUGGUAGACUUAUGCUGUUGUUGCUCUUAAGUUCGUUUCAACAUACAGGCUAAUGGCAUUGCUUAAUGGGACUUUUAUCAUAUGCCUUUCUUUCUUCUUCCCUUAAAAUUAUUCUUCUUAAUUGGGGAUUUUCAUUAGUGAGUUUCUCUUACCUCAUAAUCAUGUCUAAAGACUCUGAACAGACGUGACAGUUGGUCUGAAGCCCCCCAGGGCUGUCUGAGAAGGGUUCAGGAUCACACCUUAACUUCCCCAGGGCUGUCUGAGAAGGGUUCAGGAUCACACCUUAACUUCCCCAGGGCUGUCUGAGAAGGGUUCAGGAUCACACCAUAACUUCCCCAGGGCUGUCUGAGAAGGGUUCAGGAUCACACCAUAACUUCCCCAGGGCUGUCUGAGAAGGGUUCAGGAUCACACCUUAACUUCCCCAGGGCUGUCUGAGAAGGGUUCAGGAUCACACCUUAACUUCCCCAGGGCUGUCUGAGAAGGGUUCAGGAUCACACCUUAACUUCCCCAGGGCUGUCUGAGAAGGGUUCAGGAUCACACCUUAACUUCCCCAGGGCUGUCUAAGAAAGGUUCAGGAUCAC